AUGGAUGCUCCGCUGAGAGGCAAGAACACGGCAAGGACAGCAUGCCGGCUAGCCGCCGUCUCCUGCCUUCUUCUCGUGUUCGUUGCCGUGCUGUUGAUCUCGACGACUUCGACAGUUCAGUCGCGGCAGGGGCUCACCUCCCGCCAAAGAGCAGGCUCUGAAUUUCGGGCGUGGCGGAAGGAUGUACUGAGGCCGGACAGGACGACCGAUAUGACGCCGCCGCCGGCGCCCAAGGCCAACAGCAACGUCCCUGGAGGGCCCUUCGGUCGUUGA